AUGUAGGAUUUAUCUGAUCAGAAAAUUAACUCAAGAAAAUUAAUUUUUUUUAUGUUUUCAUAAAGGCAUAAACCUAGAAAUGCAUCAUUAGCAAUCUAAUAAGAAAAAAUCAUUAAAAAAUAAGUUCAAUUAAGUAAAAAAGAUGGCAAAGCUAGAUAUUUAACACCAAAAAAAUUAAAUUAAUCAUUUUAAGCUAGAUUAUUGGAUCUCCCAAUAAUAUCUAAUAGUCCUAAAAAUUAAUUUUAUGUUACUUAAAUUUUUACUCAAAUAGAUGAAAAAGAAAAAAACACAUAUUUAUAAGACUGGGAUUAAAAAUUUGAUUCUUUAGCUUGUGGAACUUUAAGAACAUUUAAUUUAACUAAAGAAUAAAAAUUAUUCAAUAAAUCAUUUAGUUUAGAAGAAUAAUAAGAAAUGAUUUAAACAUUUAAACAAAAACCUCCUUUCCAAUCUGUAAAAAAGACAAAGCUAAGAUAAAUUAAAUAGAAAACCUUUGAUAAAGAAUUUGUUAUUGAUGAUAUUUCAUAGUAUUUAAAUAAAAUUCAAGAUUGA